UCAUAAGGUCGCGAUUCUUCCGUCAGGGCCAUUAUGUUCGGCAUGUAUAUAAGUAGACGAAAUUUUCUGUUUUUGGAGGUCAAAAUUGAAUUGCGCAUACCGGCAGCACCGAAGCACAAACAAGCUUGACUCUUUCCUGUCUUAUUAUCCUUGAACUGCAGUCGUUAUUGGGAGAGGGUGUUUGCAAUUGGAAUAGCUUGCGUUCCCCGCUCAAGAUGAUCACAAUUACAGGUUGUGAGACCCGAGAUGUCCGCUUUCCGACAUCCCUAGACAAGACAGGCUCCGAUGCAAUGAACGCAGCCGGAGACUACUCAGCUGCUUAUUGCGUGCUCUCAACAGACUCGGAAUAUACUGGCCAUGGGAUGACGUUCACAAUUGGCCGUGGCAAUGAGAUCGUUUGUGCUGCUAUAGCUCUUCUUGCGAACAGAAUCAAGGGUCGCACUUUGGAAAGUCUAGUUGAAAACUGGGGCAAGACAUGGCGCCAUCUAGUUAACGACAGCCAACUACGAUGGAUAGGGCCAGAAAAGGGCGUCAUUCACCUCGCUCUUGGAGCUGUUGUCAAUGCCCUAUGGGAUUUAUGGGGCAAAGUGUUGGGCAAACCCGUGUGGCGGAUUGUUGCCGACAUGUCACCAGAAGAAUACGUAAGAUGCAUAGAUUUUCGGUACAUUACCGAUGCAAUUACUCCAGAAGAAGCCGUGGAUUUGCUGAAGAAGUCUGAAUCCGGAAAGGCCGCCAGGAUCAAGGAGGCCGAGCAAAACCAAGCAGUACCCGCAUACACAACAUCCGCAGGUUGGAUCGGAUAUGACAAGGACAAGAUGAAAAGGUUGCUGCAAGAAACCAUGGACCAAGGGUUCAAACACUUCAAGCUCAAAGUUGGAACAAGUGUAUCCCAGGAUCGCGAAAGGCUAGAAAUCGCUCGUAGCGUUAUUGGCUAUGACAAAGGAAAUAUCCUUAUGGUUGAUGCAAAUCAGGUUUGGUCUGUGCCAGAAGCUAUUGAGUGGAUGAAACAACUUGCAGAAUUCAAGCCUUGGUUUAUUGAAGAACCAACAUCCCCUGAUGAUGUCCUUGGCCACAAAGCAAUUCGAGAAGCAUUGAAACCGUACAAUAUCGGUACUGCUACGGGUGAGAUGUGUCAGAAUCGAGUUGUUUUCAAGCAACUCAUCGUGAGUGGCGCAAUAGAUGUUUGUCAAAUUGAUGCUUGUCGAUUGGGCGGUGUCAAUGAAGUUCUGGCCGUGUUGUUGAUCGCAGCAAAGUACGGUAUUCCAAUUGUGCCUCACAGCGGAGGUGUGGGAUUGCCAGAGUAUACGAGUCACUUAAGCACGAUCGACUAUGUCGUAGUGUCUGGAAAGAAGAGCGUCCUGGAGUAUGUUGAUCAUUUGCAUGAACAUUUCAAGUACCCGUGUAAAGUCGAGAAUGGGCAUUUCGUAUCUCCUACUGCUGCGGGUUACAGCGUAGAGAUGAAACCAGAGAGUAUGAAACGAUUUGAAUACCCCGGUGAACAAGGAGUUAGCUGGUGGAAGAGCGAGGAGGCAAAGCCAAUCUUGGAAGGCGAGCAAAUAUAAACUCAACAAUUUAAGUCUAACGAUGGGUCAAAAGAGGAAAAGUCAAACCAGGGUUAACUGCUUUGAGUUGUCUUGAAGGGUGGAAUUGCUCUGCAAGACCGCAGAAUUCAUUUGGGAAAACCAAUAAACCACGAGUUGGAUCUGAGACGUCGGAAAUGAAGUCGUACUAACUACCCCCUUUUCAAAGACCAAUUCGCUUUCUUCGUUUCGUUCCGCGUGUACCGUCUUUUGCGAAAUAUAUCAACACUCUACUACUUUUCUUCCCAAUCCUUUACUUGAGCUCUCAAAUAACCGGGAUUUUAUCCUCAACGUAUCAUGCGUC